AUGUCCAAGUUUGGAUGUCUGGUCAUGGGCCCCGCGGGAGCUGGCAAGACAACUUUCUGCACGGCCAUGAUUCAACACCUUCAACACAGCCGUCGAUCCUGCUUCUACGUCAAUCUCGACCCGGCUGCCAACGACUUUGCGUACGAACCGGACCUCGACAUCCGCGACCUCAUUUCUCUCGAAGACGUGAUGGAAGAAAUGUCAUUAGGACCCAACGGAGGGUUAAUCUUCUGCUUUGAAUUCCUACUCCAAAACCUCGACUUCCUCGCCUCGGCCAUCGACCCUCUCUCUGAAGAAUAUCUCAUUCUAUUCGAUCUCCCAGGCCAAAUAGAACUGUACACACAUAUUCCCUUACUCCCCGAGCUAGUCAAAUAUCUGUCGAGAAUGGGCCAAUUGAACAUCAAUCUGUGCGCGGCAUACUUGCUCGAAGCCACCUUCAUCGUUGACAAGGCCAAAUUCUUCGCCGGCACCCUCUCGGCCAUGAGCGCCAUGAUCAUGAUGGAAUUGCCCCACAUCAACAUCCUUUCCAAAAUGGACUUGGUCAAAGAUCAGGUCCCCAAGAAAGAACUCAAGCGUUUCGUCGAUCCAGACGCCAAUUUACUCGACGCCGACGAUACCGGCCGAGGCGUGAUUCGGCAACAUGAAGUUGAUAUUCGCAAUCCACAAGAAAUCGAUCAGGUUAUGACGGGAGAAUCAUUCAAGCAACUCAAUCGUGCCGUGGCUAGAUUAAUCGAUGAUUUUAGUAUGGUGUCGUUCCUGCAGUUGGACGUAAAUGACGAGGACAGUGUCGGUGAUAUCCUGAGUUACAUCGAUGAUGCCAUUCAAUUCCACGAAGCACAAGAGCCGAAAGAUCCAAGAGAAGCCGAAAUGGAGGAACCGGCCUGGGAAGAUGGCUGA